GCCACCUCUUAAAGGGAGGUAGCCGGACCUUAAAGGACCCUCGAGCACCGAGCACGGCGGGAGCGAGGCGGCCCUGUUCCCGCAGGGGUCCGCGGAGUGAGGACGAGAACCGCGGCACCCAGGCGCGGGCCCGGGGCUCUCCCGCCCUCCGCACUGCUGCCGCCGGGAGCAGCAUUUUUAUUCAGGCGACGCUUAAGGGAGCCCUGGCCGCGCCCGGUGCAUUGUGGGAACGGUCGGGAGUCCCGUUUUCGGGAGGAGGAGGAGGGCGAAAAGCGAACCGGUGGAUCUGUAAAGAAAUCAGCAGACUAGGAGAGAGGGGAAGAAGCUAAGCUGUGACGUGUGUGCACCCAAGAACCAUGUCUGUGCGGGAGUCCUUUAACCCAGAAAGUUAUGAAUUGGAUAAGGGCUUCCGGCUAACCAGAUUCACUGAACUGAAGGGCACAGGCUGCAAAGUGCCCCAAGAUGUCUUACAGAAAUUGCUGGAAUCCUUACAAGAGAACCAUUUCCAAGAAGAUGAGCAGUUUCUGGGAGCAGUUAUGCCAAGGCUAGGCAUUGGAAUGGAUACUUGUGUCAUUCCUUUGAGGCAUGGUGGUCUUUCCUUGGUUCAGACCACAGAUUACAUUUACCCUAUUGUGGACGACCCUUACAUGAUGGGCAGGAUAGCAUGUGCCAAUGUCCUCAGUGACCUCUACGCAAUGGGAGUCACAGAAUGUGAUAAUAUGUUGAUGCUCCUUGGAAUUAGCAAUAAAAUGACUGACAGGGAAAGGGAUAAAGUGAUGCCCCUAAUUAUACAGGGUUUUAAAGAUGCAGCAGAAGAAGCAGGGACGUCUGUAACAGGUGGCCAAACAGUAUUAAACCCCUGGAUUGUUCUGGGAGGAGUUGCUACAACUGUCUGCCAGCCCAAUGAAUUUAUCAUGCCAGAUAAUGCAGUGCCGGGAGAUGUGCUUGUCCUGACAAAACCCUUGGGUACGCAAGUAGCUGUAGCUGUGCACCAGUGGUUGGAUAUUCCUGAAAAAUGGAAUAAAAUUAAACUAGUGGUUACCCAGGAGGAUGUAGAGUUGGCAUACCAAGAAGCAAUGAUGAAUAUGGCAAGGCUCAACAGAACAGCUGCAGGACUUAUGCACACGUUCAACGCCCAUGCGGCCACGGACAUCACAGGCUUUGGAAUUUUGGGCCAUGCACAGAACCUGGCCAAGCAACAAAGGAACGAAGUGUCGUUUGUAAUUCACAACCUCCCUGUGCUGGCCAAGAUGGCAGCUGUGAGCAAGGCCUGUGGAAACAUGUUUGGCCUCAUGCAUGGGACCUGCCCGGAGACAUCAGGAGGCCUUCUAAUCUGUUUACCACGUGAGCAAGCCGCUCGGUUCUGUGCAGAGAUAAAGUCCCCCAAAUAUGGUGAAGGCCACCAAGCAUGGAUUAUUGGGAUUGUAGAGAAGGGCAACCGUACUGCCAGAAUCAUAGACAAGCCCCGGAUCAUUGAAGUCGCGCCACAAGUGGCCACUCAAAACGUGAACCCCACGCCUGGUGCCACCUCUUAAUGCAGACAGAAAUCGCUAUUUGGUUUUGUGUUUAAAUAGAUCUAUUCCUUUAUCAUCACUUCAAUUAAAGACUGUAAACAACAAAAAUCUCAUUGUGUCUACACAUUUGGUGACCUUAGGUCGGUUUGUGAGUGGAUGCAAUUAAUAAAAUAAAAUCCAUUGCCUUUUUUUCCUGUUACAUUAACUGAAGAUGCACCUAGUCUUGAGGCAGCUUCUGAGUUGAGAAUUAUAUUGUUAUCCAAUACUGUUGAUUCAUUUUGAAUCUUUAGACACUUAUCUCUUGCCGCAUAGGCUCUUUUAAAGGUGCUUUCACAUAGCACAGACAUUACCAAUAGUAGAGUCAACUAGCAGUUUGUGUCUUUUCAUUUUGUGUAUAUUUAUCAUUAAAAGAAGUCUGACCUUUUUUUGUUUUUUUAAAUGUCUUGAGUGGUAUUCUGGAAAGACAAAAUUGGUAAGUGACACAAUGGUAUCCCAGUGGUGAGAGGGUUGCAUGAUUUCUUUGAGUCUUUAAUUUGUAAAGCCUAGACUUAAUCAUUCAAGAGCAUCUCUUUGACCCAUGACUUUACCCAGUAGUGCAUUCAGUAAAACAAGGCAAGUGCUUAACUCUGCAUGGAAAGCACUUUGAAGACAAAAAAGAAAUUUUAUUUCUUUUUUUUGUAGCCUUCCUGAUACUUUCAGUAAUACCAAUAACUGUUUUCUUUAUUGAUAUCAAAAAAGGAUACUUUUUGCAAUGUAAUUAGAUGUUCUAUAGUGCAACAAGGAAUUGCCUCCCCAGAGGGGGUUCAUGUAUAAUACUCAUUUACAAUUCAAUAUAUAAUUAACUACGCAAAUAAUUUUUAAAUAUAAUCAGUAAUAAAGACUGUUCUGUGGAUGGUAGUGUUUAAUACAUUUUAUAUUUUGUAUAGUGAUUUCAGGCAUUUUAUCUUAAAAUCAGCAGCUGUUUAGCCUAAUUCUUAGCAUUUUUUUGUCCUUUGCGCCAGUACUUUUUUGUGCACGCUUUUUGUGAUCUGUGUUAAAAAUCUGCAUUGCCAACAUUGCAGCUCAGACUUUUAAACUUGUUAUUCAAAUAAAUAUUUAAUUUUUU